GCUUUACAAUUAAGCGCCAUAAAUCAGGCGUCACCGCUGGCGUGAGAUGUCUGGAGGCACGCGCACGCACGCACGCGCACGCCAUGUCGCCACCACCACCACCGCCGCCGCCGUCGUCGUCCAGCCGCCGCAGCCGAGCGGACGGAAUGGCUCGAAAGGAGACAAGACGGAUUCUUUCCGGACGGAUUAGUCACUGCGCGUCUUGCUGCAGUGCCGUCUUUUCCAGGUGUGUGUGCGUGUGCGUGUGAGUGUGUGUGAGUGCGAAUCCUCGGGUAAGUCUUGAUGUCACAUGUGCUUCACAUCGGAAGGAGACGGGGGGGCAUCUGCAAGCUGGAUUUUUUUUUUUUUUGUGGAGGAUGCUGCGGCAAGUGAUCCACAGAGGGCUCAAGGCUUCCUUCUACUGGCUGGGCUUGUUCGUUAGCAGACACCCCGUGUUCUUCCUCACCGUGCCCGCCGUCCUCACCAUCAUCUUCGGCUCCACGGUGCUCAGCCGAUUCAAACCGGAGACCGACCUCGAGUUACUGGUGGCCCCGACUCACAGCCUGGCUAAAAUAGAACGGAGUCUAGCCAACAGCUUGUUCCACAUCGACCAAUCCAAACACAAGCUCUACUCGGACCUGCACACCCCGGGAAGAUACGGGAGGCUCAUCCUGCUCGCCAAGUCCGGCGGGAACAUCCUGGAGUUGGCGGAUCAGGUGCUGCGAGUUCACAAGCAGGUGUUGGAUUUGCGGGUGGGCUACAAAGGAUUCAACUACACCUUCGCCCACCUCUGCGUCCUCAGCCACGGGGACAAGCGAUGCCGGCUGGAUGAUAUCGUCACCGUCUUCGAGGACAUCAGACAGGCGGUGCUGGCUAACAGCACUUUCCACAAGGUGCCCGUCGGAUACCCCAACACCACCUUAAAGGAUGGCCGGGUGUCCUUCAUUGGCCACCAGUUGGGAGGCGUGUCCUUCCUGCCCAAUAGCCGGGAUCAGCAGGUCAAGUUCGCACGUGCCGUCCAGAUUACGUACUACCUCCGCAACAAUGGACCAGCGGUACAGGAUGCCAUCGCAGAGCGCUGGGAGAACGAAUUCUGCGCCCUGGUCAAUCGACUCUCGACUGCCGAAGCUACCCACGGACCCGACCAACUCCACAUCCAGUCCCUCACCUCCUUCAGCCUGUGGCGGGACUUUCAUCAGACCGGCGUGCUAGCCAAAGGGGAGGUGUUGGUUAGCCUGGUGUUGGUGCUACUGGCAGCCACCAUUUCCAGCUCCAUGCGGGACUGUUUGAGGGGGAAACCCUUCCUGGGCCUCCUGGGGGUACUGACCAUCUGCAUUGCCAACGUGACGGCCGCAGGGAUCUUUUUCAUAUCAGAUGGGAAGUUCAAUUCCACGCUGCUGGGGAUUCCAUUCUUCGCCAUGGGCCACGGAACCAAAGGCGUGUUCGAGCUUCUGGCAGGAUGGAGGAGAACGAGGGAAAAUCUGCCUUUCAAGGAGAGGGUGGCUGACGCGUUCGCAGACGUGAUGGUGUGCUACACGAUGACCAGCUCGCUCUACAUCAUCACAUUCGGCAUGGGCGCGAGCCCUUUCACCAACAUCGAAUCGGUGAAGAUUUUCUGCCAGAGCAUGUGCGUCGCCAUCUUGGUCAACUACUUCUACGUUUUCUCCUUCUACGGUUCCUGCUUGGUGUUUGCCGGACAGCUGGAGCAGAACCGCUACCAUAGUGUUUUCUGCUGUAAAAUCCCUUCGGUGGAGUACUUGGACCGGCAACCGACGUGGUUUAAAACAAUGAUGAGCGACGGUCACGAUCUUUCGACGCAUCACGACAGCGUCCCGUACCAGAACCAUUUCAUCCAGCACUUCCUGCGUGAACAUUACACAGAGUGGAUUACCAACACCUACGUCAAACCCUUUGUGGUUAUUCUCUAUCUCAUCUACGCUUCGUUCUCAUUUAUGGGAUGUUUACAAAUCAGCGACGGUUCAAAUAUUGUCAACCUCCUGGCGAGUAAUUCCCCGAGUGUCUCCUACGCGCUAACUCAGCAAAAGUACUUCAGCAACUACAGUCCGGUGAUCGGUUUUUACAUUUACGAACCCAUCGAGUAUUGGAACUCAACGGUGCAGGACCACCUCAAGAUGCUGAGUCACGGCUUCAACAAGAUCUCCUGGAUGGAUAACUUCUUCCAUUAUCUACGCGUGGUCAAUGUGAGCGCCUCCACCAAGAGCGACUUCAUCGGAAUUCUCAAAGGUUCCUUCCUGCAGAGCCUCGAGUACCGGCACUUCACAGAGGAUAUCAUAUUCUCCAAAAACCGUGACACCAGCGAGUAUGAUAUUAUCGCCUCGCGUAUGUACUUGGUGGCACGGAUCACGGAAAAAAAACGCGAGGAGGUGGUGGAGCUUCUGGAGAAACUUCGUCCGUUGAUGUUGAUCAACAGCAUCAAAUUCAUUGCCUUCAAUCCGACGUUUGUGUUCAUGGACCGCUACAGUUCUUCGGUCAUUUCUCCGAUUCUGACCUCAGGCUUCAGCGUCCUCACCAUCCUUAUCCUGACGCUCUUCCUCGUUAUCAACCCCUUAGGGAACUUCUGGCUCAUCCUCACCGUGACGUCAGUGGAAUUGGGCGUGUUAGGUUUGAUGACUCUUUGGAAUGUUGGCAUGGACAGCAUCUCAAUCCUGUGCCUUAUUUAUACCCUGAACUUCGCCAUGGAUCACUGUGCGCCGCAUCUGUACACGUUUGUGCUCGCCACCGAGCACACGAGGACGCAGUGCAUCAAGCUGGCGCUCGAGGAGCACGGGGCGGCCAUUUUGCAGAACACAUCUUGCUUUGUGAUUGGGAUCAUACCUUUAGUGUUCGUGCCUUCCAAUCUGACCUACACACUGUUCAAGUGCUCGCUACUCACCGCCGGAUGCACCGUCCUCCAUUGCUUUGUCAUACUCCCGGUCUUCCUCACUUUCUUCCCGCCGUCUAAGAAAAGACACAAGAAAAAGAAGCGAGCCAAGCGGAAAGAGCGGGAGAGGGAACGGGAACGGGAGAGAGAACGGGAACGGGAAGAGAUAGAAUGCAUUGAAGUCAGAGAGAAUCCUGAUCAUGUGACUAAUGUCUGAGUUGGGUUAAUCGGAUGUUAAUCGGAUGUUAAUCGGAUGUGAUGUAACGACGGUAAGACAAGGUUCCGGGUUGGUGAACCCUGGUCCGCUCCUAGCCAAUAGCAGCUAAGCAGUCCGGAUUAGAGUCCAGCCCAUUCAGCCAAUCAGUCUUGACGGAGUGGUUGGUUCAGCUACUACGCAUACGUGAAACUAGCUUACCAGAACAGUACAGUAGCUUGCGCUAUUAAAAAAUAUUAGUAUCUCCAGCAGCCCUUAUCUCCACUAGCGUGAGGAGCAAAGCAGUCUUAUUAAGCCAAGAAAGCCCACGUAGGUUAGUGAAAAUGGAAGAAGCUACCAAUGAAACUGGACUCGUCGUGCGUGGAAUUGUGUAAUGCCGACCGAUGACUUGUCUGCUUUCCAUCAACAGAAACAGUAGCCACGUAUACAUGAGGGGUCUUUCCGAAAACAAUGGUAUCCAUGGAAAGGAAUAUUCCAAUCUCGUGCUUACAUGCGCCGCUAUAAUCAACCAGAAUAGUCAAUGGGGCAUGCCCAGUAAAACGUAAACACCAACAGUUUGUCUUCUUUCCGAAUGACUUUUCCGAAAACAGUGGUAUCCAUGGAAAGGAAUAUUCCAAUCUCAUGUCUACAUGCGCUGCUAUAAUCAACCAGAAUAGUCAAUGGGGCAUGCCCAGUAAAACGUAAACACCAACAGUUUUUCUUCUUUCCGAAUGGAAUCUUUCCGAAUGACUUUUCCGAAAACAAUGGUAUCCAUGGAAAGGAAUAUUCCAAUCUCGUGUCUACAUGCGCCGCUAUAAUCAACCAGAAUAGUCAAUGGGGCAUGCCCAGUAAAACGUAAACACCAACAGUUUUUCUUCUUUUCGAAUGGAAUCUUUCCGAAUGACUUUUCCGAAAACAAUGGUAUCCAUGGAAAGGAAUAUUCCAAUCUCGUGUCUAUAUGCGCCACUAUAAUCAAUGGGGCAUGCCCAGUAAAACGUAAACACCAACAUCACGUGAUACCGACUUCCUCCAGUUUUUCUUUCACUUGUUGGAAUAACUCCGUAUUGACAGUUUUUAGUUCAUCCAGUCUUGGAAUUUAGCAUGAUUAAUUUGAUUAAAAUCUUUAACGCAUGUGUACAAGGCCUCAAAAUCCCACAUUUUGAGGCCUUGGGCUGAAACAGGAUGUCAGACAUUCACACAAAAGUAUGAUAUGUUUAUUUACGCACAUUAAUUUGCAUUUAAAAAUAGCAACAACAAAAAAAAUCAACACCAAACCCUGAAGUUGUUGAAGGAUGUAUUAUUUAGUUUGCAGCAGCGGCACCGGGUUAUAAAUCACUAAGGCGAGGUGUCCCAAGUGCAGCCUGAGGGUCUUUUGCGCAGUCCAAUAAAAAUGACAUUAAAUUAAACAUUAAAUAUUACAAAGGAAGAUUAGGGCCAUCAUAAAAAUAAAAAUUGUGAAUAAGAUACCACAUAACUCUAAGCAAUUUCAAAUAUAAGGCAUUCAGAAGACGCAUUCAAAGACAUUGCGAUGAUAUGUAGUAUUCUACACCGGUCACUAGGUGUCAACCAACCGCGGGUCUAUAUUAUGUUUUAUUCUUUGUUUAUGUCUACUAUUGGGUAAUACGAGUGUAAAGGUGACUAUAGGGGUGUUAUUUAAUGUGUACAGGGCUCUAAAUUUGUGUUGCCUUUAAAUGUUUAAUUUAUUUAGAAGUAUUUAGAAGGUCGUAAACAACUUUUCCAUGUUCUAACCACAAAAAUAGUCCCAAAAAGUGACUCUAAAUGGUAAACGGUAUGUUAUAGUGUACUCUUUCAUUGAUUUAAAACAAACAUUUGCUUGCAUUAGAAUUGAAUCAAAGAACAGAUAGCAUUCAGACAACCAGAUAAGGAAGGUUGAUUGUUGAUUGUGUUUGUACAAUUUACAUUUUGUCAAUCAUGAGCUCUGAAAAAAAUUAACAACGAGCGUGUUAACCCUCUGGAAACUGCCGGAGGUUGUUACUCAAUACAACAGUCUGACUCACGUCAUCUUACAAACAUUAAACUCAUCGCACAGCAACUUAACACUCAAAAGGUACUAGAAAUACGAGUUUAAAAUAACAAACAGCACCUACCAUUUAUACAUUACUGCCAGAACGGAACUUCUUUGGAUGACAAGUAACAUACAAAGUGACGGCUGGUGCUGCGAUGUUGCCUUUGACCACCAGAAGGAGGCUGAUGUCAUUGCAGUAUCCCAAUGAAUGCGUUUUUUCAAAUCCAAUGCUUUAUUCGAAAACUCGGUUUAGAGGUUUUUAUUUUUCACAGACUGACGAUAAAAAUCCAAAACCCACAACCUCCUGGUUACUGAAAUACUAGAAAUGACAAAAUAAAGCACAUGUUUAUGUUAGCUUAAAAAGCAAUUUUUGACAUUAAAGGGAAAUUUCACAUGUGGAUCAUAUAUUCGGAAAACCUGUCUGAACAGUGAAGUUUUAUCACUAUGAUAAUGUAGUAGUAUUGCAGUAUUGGCAAUAUUCACUUUUUGGUUGAAACUUGUGCUUAAAAUAACUAAAACUGUUCACAGACUAUAUGAAGGACAAAAACAAAAAUAUUCAGUACAAGAAUUAAAAGACAGAGUCAAAUUUAACUAUCACUGUCCAUUUCAUAGGAGCAGAUCCUUUCAGAUGUUCAAGGAUACAAACUUUAUCCUACAUGACCGGGAAUCCAGCCAAUGUUGAUCGCCGCUUCUCCAUUUUCAGAGCUUUUUUUUUUUUUUACGAGGUCUAAUUUCACUUUAACCACCAGAAGGUUCGGCUUAACUUUGGAAAUGAAAAGUUAAUCCCAACACUAAAACCCUAACUCGCUAUAAUCUCUACUCGAAUGAACAAAAGCGACCAUUGCAUUAGUUGUAUUUUGGUUUUUAUUAUUAUUAUUACAUAUUAUUAUACGUUAUUACUUUGUUGCAGGUUUGUCAUGAAGAAACCGACAAACUGAAUGAUUCUCAUGCGUCAGUGUGUGUGUGUGUGUGCGUCGGGUAGGAUGGAUUACGCCGCUCACGAGGGAUGAGAUUGUGUGAAAUAUGUGCCGAGGUGCGAGUUUAACAACUAUUUGUUCUGGAGUUCCGAAUGACAGCGCCGCUAUAUCGUGAAGUCGGACGAGUCAAGUCAAUUUCUAACUGUCAGAUCUCCGACCCCUAUGUCAAUACGAGGCAAACCUUGCCAUGCAACGGCGCAACGCCCCAUGUAUGUAUAGCAAGAAGGCAUGAAAUGUUAGUUUUAAAAAAUAAUAAUAACAACAGGAAAGAAAUGCAAAUCUGAAAUCAAUGACUUCCCCAAAUUGACUGUGUUUGCAUGGCACUGCAUUGUAUGUAUGCAUGUAUGGCACUUGUUUUUUAUAUUUUUUUGCAAAAAUCUCUUUUUUGGCGUAUGUUUGUUGUUUCGAUGCAUAUUCUGUAACAUCACAAAGUAAACAACAACAUGAAUCAUGUAUGAUCCAAAUCGAAAGCCGGAGGAUGUUUCAUGUGUAAAAUAACUGUACAAUACUUUUUUGUAUAUUUUCUAAGAAAAAUAUAUAUACUAGAGAAAGAUUUUUAUUGACUGGAUUUUCUUAAAAAAAAAUAAUAAUAAUAAGUGAAUGAAAAAGGGGAAAAAGUAGAGCAGUAAUAAACAGUGGAAUGUUACCAGUAUACUAGAUCUUAUUCCUUACACAGUGCACUGUCAAUGUUUGUUGUUCAUUCACAUUUAAAUGGGAAACAGUGGCCAACGUU